CUGCUGUUGUGACGAGUCAGAAGCAGGAAGUACAUUUACGAGGCGGCACAACAGUAGGCGGAACGCUUUUCCCCUCCUUUCAACCCUGCUUUUCUCCGCUAGCGUGUUGACAUUAAUGGCAUGUAAAAGCUGGCAGAACAAACUACUUCUCUGGGACUCGGACGCACACACAGCUGAGGAACAAUGGGCGUCGAGAAGGUAAGCGUGGCGUUUAAACUGUACUGCCUGACUGUGAUGACGGUGGUGGCCGCCGCAUACACGGUGGCUAUGCGGUACACGCGGACUGCCUCAUCAGGUGACCUGUACUUCUCCACUACGGCCGUGUGCAUCACCGAGGUCUUUAAGUUACUACUCAGCACUGGGAUGCUGGCAAAAGAAUCAGGAAGCCUGAAGAAACUGGUGAGCACCAUCAAGGAGCAUGUGUUCUGCAACCCCAGAGAGCUGCUGAAACUCAGCGUACCCUCGAUAGUGUACGCCAUCCAGAACAACAUGGCCUUCCUGGCGUUGAGUAACCUGGAUGCUGCCAUUUAUCAGGUGACGUAUCAGCUGAAGAUCCCGUGCACGGCGCUCUGCAUGGUCCUAAUGCUGAGGCGCACUCUCAGCAGGUUGCAGUGGUUCGCCAUCGCCAUGCUCUGUGGAGGCGUCAUGCUGGUGCAAUGGAAGCCUGUAGACGCCACUAAAGUCCCGGUUGAGCAAAACCCUUUUGUUGGCUUCAUGGCCAUCGGUAUUGCAGUCCUUUGCUCUGGGUUUGCAGGUGUGUACUUCGAGAAGGUCCUGAAGAGCUCUGACACAUCCUUGUGGGUGAGAAACAUCCAGAUGUACAUAUCUGGCAUCGUGAUCACCAUGCUGGCCGUGCUACUGAACGACGGCCAGAAGGUCGUGGAGAAAGGCUUCUUCUUCGGUUACACGCCCUAUGUGUGCUUUGUCGUAUUCCUGGCCAGCGUAGGAGGUCUGUACACGUCUGUCGUGGUGAAAUACACCGACAACAUCAUGAAGGGCUUCUCCGCCGCCGCCGCCAUUGUUCUGUCCACCGUGGCGUCAGUCGUCUUGUUUGGACUGCACAUAACGACCACAUUUGCAUCGGGAGCCAUCUUGGUGUGUGUGUCCAUCUAUCUGUACGGCCUUCCAAAGCAGGACACGUCCAAGCUGAGUGUGGAGGACAGCGACAAGGAGUCCAAACAGAAACUUAUCAGUGUGUGAGACCCUGAUCCAGCAAGGAGGAUGAAGAAUCCAAGUAGGGAACAACUUUUUCUGUUUUUCCCAACAAACACUGAGUUUAUCAAUUGACACUUUUUUCUUCUCCAAAUAAUGGAAGUUGUGUUAAAUCAAGAUUUAAAGGCACUUUUUUUUAUUUUCUUUUUUUUUUUUACUGUGAAUCCUGACAGCUGAUAAUGAAUACAGUGGUAUUCUCACGCCUUCUUCUGAUCUUGUAUAGAUCUGUGUUCUGUCUAAACUGGAGGGCGGAGUUCGCUUAACCAAGGAAUCUAGCUGGAAACACAACAUAGGUCAAAGAUGAGUAAAUAGUAAAGACUCAACUUAUUCAUUUACAUACAGUGCAUUCACUUUUUCGUGUUACACUUAUUCCAAAAUGGAAUAAAUUAAUUUGUCUUCAAAAUUCUACAUGCAAUACUCUAUUAUGACAAUGAUUUUUUUUUUAUUAGCAUAUUUAUUAAAACAAAAAAGUCGCAUGUGCAUAAAUAUUCACAGCCUUUGCUCAAUACUUUGUUGAUGAACCAUCUUUAGCAGCAAUUACAGCCUCAAGUCUGUUUGAAUACAAUGUCACUAGCUUGGCAUAUCAAUAUUUGGCCAGUUUCACUCUUUGCUGUGCCAUUCUCAGCCAACUUGGUGGAAUUUUAGCCAAAGGUGCAUCAACAAAGUAUUGAGCAAAAGCUUAUGUAAAUUAGUAAUGAUUUAAUAAAUGUUUACGUUGUCUUUUUGGGGUAUUGUGUGUAGAAUAGUUUUUUCUAUUUUGGAAUAAGGCUGUUGUAACAUAACAAAAAUGUGGAAAACAGGAAGCGCUGUGAAUACUUUCCGGAUGCACUUUAUGUUGCAAAGUUACUACAACACACAAUAUGGAACAACUGCAUUGAUGGUGUCUUUUACGUCUAAAAUAUGAUUAAUGGGUCAAAUAUUUUAUCAACAUUUUAUAGAAAUCAAAUGUGGGUGUUUUUUCAAGCAAAUAGUGGUGUAAAUAUUACAAUAUAUAAUUCUGAAUGUACAAAAAAAGCUUUGUACUUUAAAUGCAUUACAUGUAUGUAAAUAUGUUCUAUUUUGUGUCACUUCAGUUUAAAAAAAAAAACAAGACAAUUGAAUGGGAAGCCUUCAGAAAAAGCUGCCACUGAUUUGACUUGCAAUUGCAUGCAAGUGGAGGAAGAUAUUGUUAGGUUUUUACUGGUGUAAAAGUGACGGCUAUGUAAAAGGAGUGACAGCUUUGCAUUAUUAAUUCAAUACCAGCCAAGUUACACUUUUGUAGUGUUUUAUUCAAGAAGUCCUAUUUACAUUUUGUCAACUGGUGUAAUGCCAAGGAUUCUCAUCCCGUCAGCCAGAACAGAGCCGGACCCGCUGAAAAGUCGUAGUCUUGCCUGUUUGCGUUGAGAAAAUGAGAGAAGUUCACUUAAAUUAUUAGAAUUUUGGUGCUGAAGAUGAAGUAAAAAAAGAAUCACCGUGCUAUCAAUCUUAUUAAAAGUGAAGUUUGUUUCCUUUCAA